GUGUCAAUGGUUCCCCGCUUCUGAUUUCCCCCCUUUGAGGUGUAUGCACAGUAUCACACAUCAAUUAGGGUGGCAAUCCUCCUCUUUCCCUAAGAAGUAUAUAUCCGACCUUCUUUUGCCUUAGAAAGUGUCUAAUUGAGCCCUGAACGUACACACACACACACAUCUCUGUGCGAUUCUUAGCCCAAAUCGGAGAGCAACUUGGACAUCCUUCCACAGGCGACUGAAACGACUCGAUCUCGUCAAUGAUUCUUGCCAUCAUUCAAGUACUUUGAUCAUCCAUUCAGUACAUUCACCUCUAUUCAACAAUCGUCACAAUGUGUUACCUACAAGUACAAUAAGAAAUUGAAAAAUAACGUUUGUAUGAUUCAUUAAGACGUCAUACGUUCGUACUUUCUUGCUAGAAAUCACGAAAAUGAUUGAUGCAAUGCAUUCAGAGACGUGCUCUGCUCAAAAAUCGCCUACUUCCGGUCGAUCUUCGAUUGAACAACGUUCGCCAAGAUGUGCUCCUUAUAGUAUACCUUCUUCCGAAUCAUCUUCUUCAUUACAUUCAAAUCAUUCGCGUCAUUCAAGUAACAGCAAUAACAACAUUAAUCCACUUGAAUCACGUCAAAGACCUUCUCAUCGUUCUUUGCCUUCGUUUUCCAAAUUGGCACCUUCUUCUACCAGCAAUACCGCAAACAAGUCAACGAGUAAUGGACCAACAAUCGCACGACAACACGCUCAUGCCGCCGCACCUGUUGUGAACACAGAUCAAGACAGUGCAACCCGACUAGCAAAUACAGCCCAAAGUGCCAUCCGUUCAACGGCACCGCAAUCGAAAACGUCGGAAGCGGAAACUUCACCAAAACAAGAAUUCACCAGGAGAUUGAGUAAUUCUUUGAAUGGCUUGCAUGUAUUCAGUCAACAAAGCAGCGGAGAACAGCAACAACAACAACAGCAACACAGUGAAGCUUCGGAACUUUCUUCUACCCCAUCCGAUAGUUCGAGAAGUCGAAGUGAAAGCGUUACAAGCAGUUUGGCAACUUCCGUUUCUGAUGGCCAAAGUUUGGGUGUCUCUCUUUCGGGAUCUCAAAGUGCAUUCAAACAACAUCAGAAAGCAUUGCGGAAUGCUAACAGUAUCCAAACAUCUGCCACUGUAGCCUUACAACCUCCUGCACCACCAGAGAAUGCUAGAGGCAGAAAUUUAGGGCAAGGGGACAGUGAGGCUCGUCCAGAACAGCACCCUAACAAUGCUUCUACAAGACAAGAUACCACCCCCAAUCAUACCGCUAAUGCGAAUGAUUUUCAACAGAUUCCACCUACUAUCGAGCAAAGGGAUGCUUUGGCUACGAGAGUAUAUGCUGCUUGUCAGGCUGCUGGAUAUGAUGAGUGGGUCAGGUUGCUUGAUUUGGCCCCUUUAGCUAGUCAACAUCACUUGAGCGGUUAUAAUUGCAUCAAAUUCGGUCAAGACGGAUCACCUUAUGCAUACCUUCCACUCAGUCUUCAACAACCUGUUCAAGUUCAGGAAGUUUUGCAAAAGCAAAAGAUCAACGAGGGGAAAGCAUCGGAAUGGCUAACUCACAAAAGAAGGAAGCAAGGCAAAAGUGCAUUAGGAGAACGACCAGCCUCACAGUCUAAUAGUAACUCCAGUGCAUCAUCCUCUGACCCUUCAACACCUUCAUCAUCGACAAGCACGCAAAACAAAGCACCAAAAUUGAUGUCGAAAUGUGACGAGAAUGGUGACACUCGUAUGCGAAAUGCCUCUCCGGCACCUGCACAGAAGGAGAAGUGUAAAGCUUGCCGAGAAAUGGCAGAAGGGUCGAAAGAUCUGAGCUCGGUGUGUGAAUGUGGUCCGUUGAAGAAUGAGGCCGCUUUGAGCUCCGAAUGGGAAGCUCCGAUCGGCAAAGAGGUGUGCAAGGAUACGACUGAAACAGUUCAAAAUGGACACACCAAUCAGUCAUCUGCUCAACCCAACCUUACCGUCAAGACUAGCGAUACGCAUCCUAUCAGCAUAAGCCCAAUCAUUCCACCCGAGCUACUGGAAGAAAUCUCGAAGCAUGUCUCACAAGCCAUGCCAGAAACCUUACGGCACUCCAAAGUGAACCUUUUCGACGCUGAUGGAAUACAUGAAACACGUCAUGAUGACUUGCAAGUAGAUGGAAAGCGAUUGAUCAGAUGUCGAUUAACACGUGUUGAUAUGUGUGAGAUCGCAUUCAAAGCAGAACGUGAAUUGAUCGAAGCUUCUCAAAGUCAAAGAAAGCCAAGGUCAUUACGAUUAGAUCAGCCUUAUAUUCAGGAGCCGCCACCAAGCAUCAUGCGGGAGGCAAUGAUGCUUGAUUCCAAGCAGCCCAUUGUGGUGGAUAGAGGUGUAUAUUGUCAGACGUCUUUUGAUGCUAGCAAUCUAGAGCAGGAUGGAGAAGAAUGCCAUUUAAACGGACUUCAUUCCGAUGUUGAAGUAUCACAAGAUCCCAACCCGCCACCAGAAGAUGAUAAACCAUUUGUGAUGGGCAAUUUACUAUUGUCUAGCUGUCCUGGCAAAAAGGUUCGUUUGACCGGUCCAGUUCGUGGACGAGGAGCGAUCUGUCGUGAUUUAGGCUUGGACCUUAUGCGUAUUCGACAACUAGGUGUUGGUGCGAUCGUUUGUUGUUUGGACGAUGAAGAAUUGGCAUUCUUAGGUGCCCCUUGGUCACAAUACGAAACAGAAGCGGACAAGCUUGGAAUCGAAGUCAUUCGUCUGCCCAUGGCUGAAGGUUUUAGUCCAACCGAUGUCCUGGCAACUGAUAAGGCUAUCAGCUGCGUCGUAAACGAUUACACACUUCAUGGCGUCCAUGUCUUGGUUCAUUGCAGAGGAGGUGUUGGAAGAGCCGGUCUGAUCGCCUGUACAUGGAUGUUGAAACUAGGUUUGGUGCGAUCUGAUCGUGAUGAAGUACGAUUCCGUAUUCCGAUGGAAUCUCUUUCGUGCAUAUCACCCAAUGAGUCCAAUACUCAUCCUUUGACAAAUUGGCAAAACGGAGGAAUGAUUGGAGAUCAUCAAGAAAAGAUCACCAUGGAUAUCAUGCAAACCAUUCAUCGAUUAAUCGAAACAAUUCGUAGAAGACGAAGUCCAAAAGCUAUCGAAACAGCGGAACAAGUGGAUUUCCUUGUAAAAUAUUUGCUCUAUUUGCAUGAGCAAGAACGUAGACAUCUUUGCAAUUCUGCUAGACUGCAAUCCACAGCAGCAUGAUCUCACUCUGUCGCACUCUCAUACUUGCUUUCUCGUUGCACUUUCUCUUUCUUUCCCUUUUGGAAUGCUCAACAAAAAUCAAGAAUUGUCUGCUUUUCAUUGUCAUUAUCUCCAUUCCCAUUUUUGAUCUGUACUUUUAUCAAACAUUUUUUAGGACUUGCAUUGCCACUUCAAUAUAUACACACACUUUUCACGAGACAUACGA